CUCAGUGUUUGCCAUCUUGGAAAAGUUGCAAGAAGAAUUGUAAACGACUACCUCUCUAGGAGCCAAUAAUAUCUCAGCUAGCCGUCCCCUUUGACCAAACAAGGUAUGACCAUGCACCUCUAUAUAAAUGGUGGAUACAGAAUAACAAAACCAAGAUAAAAGCAGGAAACAGAGGCUUGUAUUACUUUGAUUGGCAGCCAUAACAGCAAACAGAUAAAGGGAUUUUGUAUUUUUUUGAUAGAGAAGAUGCCAGCCUUGAACAUUUCCACAAACGUCAGCCUUGAUGGCGUUGAUGUCUCUGCUAUCCAAUCUGAAGCCACCGCUAAACUUGCCAAGAUCAUUGCAGGCAAAACCGAGGCCGAUGUGAUGAUUGUAUUGAGGGGAUCCAUACCCAUUUCAUUAGGAGGAUCUCAGGAGCCAGCAGCUUUUGGUGAGUUGGUGUCCAUCGGUGGACUUAGCCCUGAGGUGAACAAGAAUCUCAGUGCUGCAAUUGCAGAAAUUCUGGAGACAAAGCUGUGCAUUCCCAAGUCACGAAUCUUCCUUAAAUUCUAUGACUCUCAGGGUACCCACUUUGGAUGGAAUGGUUCCACCUUCUAAAGCCAGCGUUCUUGCCCCCAAGCUUGAAGUCUCCUACAUUAUUCAAUAAGAUAUGUCUAGGUUUUCUCCUCUUGUAGAAGUGGCUUUGAUAAAAUAGAUUUUAUUUUAUUUUAUUUUCAUUUGGAGUCCCUUUUUAAUGGGGAAAUCUCAUGUUGGCUUGACAUUUGGUCGACAUUUGUGUUGUACUAUGGUGUGCCUAUGGCACAUGAUUUGUUUUUGGGAUUGAAAUCUAUAUAUUAUUGUUGUAUUAUUUUCUGAUUA